AAGUUGAUCUUAACUAUCAAGAUUUCAUGGCCUCCACGAUUUGUUUGUUUUUGUUGUUCUUGUUCUUUUCUAUGAUUGUUGAGGCUCAAAGUGUAGAGUUCAUCUUCAAUGGAUUCAAUGGACGUGAAAAAGACCUAUCAAUUGAUAGAGCUUCUAUUAUCACGCCUACUGGUUUACUAAGGCUCACCACCAAAACACAAAAUGCUGUAGGACAAGCAUUUUAUUCCAAACCAAUACAGAUGCUUAACACAAGUUCAAAUUCAUCUCCAAAUGCUUCAUCUUUCAGCACAACUUUUGUCUUUCAGAUAGUCUCUCCCAAAGGAAAAGGAGGCUACAGCCUUGCUUUCGCCUUAGCUCCCUCCAACCAGCUUCCCGGGGCUGACGCGGAGCAUUACCUUGGUCUUUUCAACCCUUCAAAUAAUGGUGAUAGCUCCAACCAUAUUUUUGCUGUUGAAUUUGACACUGUUAAUGGGUUCAACGAGAAUUCAGACACUGAAGGAAAUCAUGUCGGAGUCAACAUUAACAGCAUGCGUUCGAACUCAUCGAGGGCAGCUUCCUAUAGCGAGGGUGACAACGCAAACCUGUUUGAAGAUUUGAUGUUGGAGAGUGGUGAACCUAUUCAAGCCUGGAUAGAAUAUGAUGGCGUGGCUAAACUUGUUAAUGUAACAAUAGGUCCCAUGGGGCUAGGCAAACCGAUUCAACCACUCAUUUCUUAUCCCGUAGAUCUAAGCACAGUUGUUAAGGAUAGCAUGUAUGCUGGUUUCUCUUCCUCUACUGGUAAAAAGACAAGCUCUCAUUACAUACUGGGAUGGAGUUUUUCCACUAAAGGAGAAGCCCGUCCGCUCGAUCUUUCUCUACUACCCGUCGCACCAAUAUUUGAGGACAGUUCAUCCUCUUUCCAACCCUCAGUGAUUGCUAUUAUCGCUUCUUUAUGCGGUGUGACCACUAUUCUGUUUGCAAUACUGUUCUUUCAUGCUGUCUACAGAAAGUGGCCUCAGUCUGAGGCUCUUGAAGACUGGGAAUUGGAUUGUCCACACAGGUUUCGCUAUCAAGAUCUACAUACGGCAACUAACGGUUUUCAAAAGAGUGAGAUAAUUGGGGUUGGUGGGUUUGGUGCGGUGUACAAAGGUAGAUUGCCUACAAACGGAAAUGAAGUUGCUGUUAAGAGGAUCACUCCCAAUUCAAUCCAGGGUUUGAGAGGAUUCACUGCGGAGGUCGGGAGCCUGGGACGUUUACGGCACAAGAACUUGGUGAAUCUCCAAGGAUGGUGUAAGAGAAAUAAUGACAUCCUCGUGGUUUAUGACUACAUCCCAAAUGGAAGCCUUGCCGGUCUCCUUUUCAGUCGGGGAAACAACUUUGUAUUGAGCUGGGAGCAAAGAUUCAAUAUUGUUAAAGACAUUGCAGCAGGGCUUUUGUAUCUGCAUGAGGAAUGGGAGAAAGUGGUGAUUCACAGAGAUGUCAUGUCAAGCAAUGUCCUGAUAGACGCAGGAAUGAACGGGCGGUUAGGAGACUUUGGUCUAGCCAGGUUGUAUGAUCAUGGCACCAUGUCGCACACCACAAAUCUUGUUGGCACCGUAGGGUAUAUUGCACCUGAAUUGACACGGACCGGUCAGGUUUGUACCAGUUCCGAUGUGUACGCAUACGGUGUUUUGCUCCCUGAAGUGGUUUGUGGCAGAAAGCCCAUUGAAACGAGUAACUUCAUCCUGACAGAUUUCGUGAUUGAAUGCCAUCAAAAGGGUAGAGUUCUUGAUGCAGCUGAUCCAGAGCUGAACUCUGCCUUCGUGGUCAAGGAAAUUGAGGUGGUGCUGGGGUUGGGUCUUCUGUGUUCUCAUCACAAGCCUAAAGCCAGGCCAACCAUGAGAGAAGUCAUACGGUAUCUCAACUGGGAAGACAAGCUCCCAGUGAUUGAUGAUCUGGGCUCUUCUGAUUCUCCAUGUAGGAGCACAAGAUAUAUGGGAGAGGUUUCCAUUGAAAUGAUCACAAGUUCCAUAGAUGCUGGCAGAUAGCAGAAUCCAUCUUCCUCCUGUUUCUUCCUCGUCGACAGCCUUUUUAGCUUACAGUUGUAUGUACGUUGACAAGGGUUAAUUUUCAA